CCCACCCGACGCCGCGGAGACGUCAGCGGCGAGCAGUAGCCGAGGCUUGGAAACGGACGGACGGACAGGCGGCCUCCAGCGCGCGCGGCGGGAGGGAACAGACAUCCGCAGCGCGGACAGGAGCCAGACCUGCAGCCGCCCGACGACAGCGCCAUGAACCAGAGCGACAAUGCCACUCUGUUCUUCAUCCCGUCCUCUCUGCAGCCGGACAACUACACGCUGCCGCCCAACGCCAGCAGCCAGAGCCCCGGCCCGGACUUCUCGGGCGCUCCCACCCCCAGCGCCGGCCCCAGCCCCGGGCUCAGCCUCGCGCCGGGUCCCAGCGUCAGUUUCAGCCCCGGCCCCACUCCAACUCCGGGGCCCACGACCAGCGGCUUCGCGGGCGGCGCAGGCAGCCUGGGCGCUUCCCCGUUCCCUCGGCCCUGGGUCCCCCACGAGCCCCCAUUCUGGGACACGCCGCUGAACCACGGACUGAACGUGUUCGUGGGCGCAGCCCUGUGCAUCACCAUGCUGGGCCUGGGCUGCACCGUGGACGUGAACCACUUCGGGGCGCACGUCCGGCGGCCCGUGGGCGCGCUGCUGGCCGCGCUCUGCCAGUUCGGCUUCCUGCCACUGCUGGCCUUCCUGCUGGCGCUCGUCUUCUCGCUGGACGAGGUGGCCGCCGUGGCGGUGCUCCUGUGCGGCUGCUGUCCCGGCGGCAAUCUCUCCAACCUGAUGUCCCUGCUGGUGGACGGCGACAUGAACCUCAGCAUCAUCAUGACCAUCUCCUCCACGCUGCUGGCCCUGGUCUUGAUGCCCCUGUGUGUGUGGAUCUACAGCCGAGCUUGGAUCAACACCCCCCUGGUGCAGUUGCUGCCCCUAGGGGCGAUCACCCUGACCCUCUGCAGCACUCUCAUCCCGAUUGGGCUGGGCGUCUUCAUCCGCUACAAAUACAACCGGGUGGCUGACUACAUUGUGAAGGUUUCCCUGUGGUCUCUGCUAGUGACGCUGGUGGUUCUUUUCAUAAUGACCGGCACUAUGCUAGGACCUGAGCUGCUGGCCAGUAUUCCUGCAACCGUGUACAUGGUGGCGAUUAUUAUGCCUUUGGCAGGCUAUGCUUCAGGCUACGGCUUAGCCACUCUCUUCCACCUCCCACCCAACUGCAAGAGGACUGUCUGCCUGGAGACAGGUAGCCAGAAUGUGCAGCUCUGCACUGCCAUUCUCAAACUGGCCUUUCCACCUCGAUUCAUAGGAAGUAUGUACAUGUUUCCCUUGCUCUAUGCCCUUUUCCAGUCUGCAGAAGCAGGGAUCUUUGUUUUAUUAUAUAAAAUGUAUGGGAGUGAAAUAUUACACAAGCGAGAUCCUCUAGAUGAAGACGAAGACACAGAUAUUUCUUAUAAGAAACUGAAAGAAGAGGAAAUGGCAGACACGUCCUAUGGCACAGUGAAAGCAGACAACUUAAUCAUGAUGGAAACCACUCAGACUGCUCUCUGAACGUGGAGACAUGCAGCAGCUCCGUCCUGCUGAAGCGUCGCUUCGUAUUUAUAGUCUGUGUUAGUGUAUAUGGUUUACAUAAAGGGUAACAAUUGGUCCAUGUUAUAUACUUGUAACAAUUUCAAUCUUCCCACUGUAAGGUUGCCUUGGUGUGUUCACCAAGCGCUUUCACAAAUUACAGAUCAAUAUCGUACUAUGACUCGCACCUGGGACUGCUGACCUGAAGCCUGAACAAGUGAAAUGUGCUGUUUGGUUUUAACCAUGACCAAUCUCUAUGACUGUUUCAAAUCUGUAAACUCUUGGAAAACAGAGUCUUGGAGAUGUAGAAUUUUGGUGCACUAUCUUAUAUUGGUUAAAAAAAAGCUAUAUUUGUAAAGCAUAAUUGAGUUUAAUGUAAUUGUUGGAAAAAAAUGUGUGCUAGCUCAACUUAUAAAUACUUGACAAUGUUGAAAUUUGACCUGUAUUUAGGAAAAUCCCCAACCAGGUCAAUUAAACAAUAUAUAGUAUUUUAGUGUCAAACCUGUUUCAAAUCAGAAAAAAAAUAUAUACAUUAAUGCAUUU